AUAUACUCAUGACAUUAUUAUUCCAUCACCAUAGGUUUUUUAGGAUGUCACCAGAGAGGUUUGAUCAUCUGUUGGAAUUGAUAGAACCUUAUCUACAACCAAGGGUCAACAGAGGAAGAGAGACAAUCUGUUCUGAAGAGAGGCUUUGUAUCACAAUUCGGUUUCUGGCUAGUGGCAAUAGCAUGACAGAUAUGGCCCUCAAUUUCUGUGUGGGCAUUACUACAGUAUCUAACAUCAUACGUGAAGUAUGUGCUGCUCUGUGGAUUGCACUCCAACCCAUAUACCUGAGCAUGCCCAGGUAUGAGGAGUAUUGGCUUACGAUUUCUAAGAAUUUUGAAGAGCAGUGGAACUUUCCAAACUGUAUUGGUUGUCUCAAUGGGAAACAUAUAAUGAUUGAGAAGCCACAGAACAGUGGAAGCAGCUUUUUUAAUUACAAUUAUGUGAUCCAAACUAUUGUUUCACCUGGUUAAGUAUGGGGGCAGAAGGCCAUGAAAAUGAUGCAUCAAUAUUCGGUCGCUCUGCCUUGAGCAAAAGAAUGGAAGCAGGCUCUCUGAAUGUGCCACCACCAGCUGACGUAUGUGGGGUAAAAUUGCCACAUGUCAUAUUAGGUGAUGCCAUCUUCCCUUUAAGGUCGUGGCUCAUGAAGCCAUUCAGUGAAAACAAUCAGACAUUUGAAAAGAGGGUCUACGAUUAUAGAUUGUCUAGAGCAAGGAGAUGCAUCGAGAAUGCCUUCGGAGUGAUGGCUGCCCGCUGGAGGAUUUUGUGUACCACCAUCAAGGCUGGGUUGGAUACUGUUGAUGCCAUAGUUAAGGCUUGUGUUGUGUUGCACAACUACAUGAUCCAAACUGAAAAUGCCCACUACAUUCCCUCAGGGUUCAUAGAUUCGGAAUGCAGUGGGCAUUUUAAAGCUGGAGAGUGGCGUAGUGUAACAAAAGACGACGAUGGCCUACGAAGGUUAAAUCGCCAAGGAUCCCCGAACUAUUCAUAUUCCGCUAAAGAUGUUCGGGACUUCUUCUGUGACUAUUUUAAUUCAGCAGAAGGUUCAGUACCUUGGCAGAAUGAUAUAGUUGAAAAUUGUGGGAGGGUGAUAUCAGAAUAUUGAAAUACAGCAGGAAAUACGUACCAUGGUUACAACAUCGAAAUGUAUACAUAUUUCAUAAUAAACAGAGUAUUGUAUAGGUGUAAUUUUGC